AUGUCGGUUGUUAAAGAAAUUGAAGAGUUCCAAAAACUUAUUAAAGAAGAUAUAUCACUGGAUUGUGAAUUAAACGAUUUAGAUGAUUAUGAUAAGCUGUUAAAAAAUUGGGACAAAUAUAGAGAUCUUCAAUCGCAAUUUUUAGAGCCUGCACCCACUGAUGAAUUUUUAAAUUUAAGAAAAUCAAUGAACAAAAUUUGCAUGCCUAAUCUUGAACUUGAAAAUAAUAAAUUAGAUGAGGCUAUUAAAAAUAUAAGUUACGACCACCCAUAUUCUGAUCUAUCAUGUAUUAACAACAAGGAAUAA